AACACUUCAAAAUUUUCGGUCAAGGAAUUUGGCACAUUGUUUUAUAGUGAACCUUUCUUUCAAUCAUAAACUUUUCAAGAUCGCGAAAGAAGUUAUUACAAUUUUUCAUCACAAUUUAAAAUUCGUUUGCACUUGAUUUCCAAGUAACGUGGAUCGAUUAAAUAUUAUGUCCAUAAUCAACAUGAAAUUGAUAAUUUUCCAAAUUUUGGUAUUACUAAAAUGUACUUCAGUUUACUGCACCACAAGACCAAUCAUUGGAAUAAUGGCCCAAGAAUUUGCCGAAUACAGAGCAGGAGGAUCAAUCAAUCCUGUUGGAAGUUCUUAUAUAGCAGCAUCUUAUGUUAAGGCGAUAGAAAGCUCGGGAGCAAGAGUCGUUCCAAUUCUCACCAAUCAAUCUUAUCAUUACUACGAACGUAUCCUACACUCGAUAAAUGGAGUAGUGGCACCAGGAGGGUCCAAUGAAAUUCAACCUGGAUGUCCAUAUUACGACACCUUUGUGACUAUCAUCAAAAUAGCUGAACAGAUGAACAAUAAAGGAAUUUAUUUUCCGAUAAUGGGCAUGUGCUGGGGAUUCGAGGCAUUAUUCACAAUAUACAACAACCAUAAACUUCUACAAACAUCCUGCGACGCUUAUCAUCAAAAUUAUGCCCUCCACUUCGAGCCUAAAUUCACUCAAAGUUUAUUAUUUUCCAAUAUCGAUCACCAGACAUACGUUCGUUUGAAAUACUUUCCAAUAACUGCUCACGCUCACGAUUGGUGCACAACUCAACGUAACUUCACCAAUUCACGUCUGUCGAAAUACUGGAAAGUCACUUCAACCAGUGUCACUUCUCGAGGACUAAAAUUCAUAUCAAGCGCUGAACACAAAAAAUAUCCUUUUAUCGCCCUUCAAUUCCAUCCGGAAAAGCCAACAUUUGAAUGGGAGGAAUGGUUGAACUUGCCUCACAAUCACGUCGUUGUUCAAGCCAAUCGCCAUUUCUACGACGUGCUGGUGAAACUCGCUAAACUCAACAAUAACAAGUUCAGAACUGAAAAGGAAGAAAAAGAUGCUCUGAUUUAUAAUUAUAGGCCGUUUUAUCCAGUCACCAAACCUGCAAUCUUUACUCAGGUGUACAUCUUCAAUUAGGUAGGUACCUACCUAAUAUGUAAUUAUGUACUUCAGAAUAUGUUUACUCUUAUUUAAUCUCUAUAUCGACUGAAUCUGUGUAUUUUCUGUCUAUUAUUAUUAGGUAUCGAUAGAUAGGUACAUAGUAUUUAUGAGUUGACAAAAAAACAGUAACUGUUAUUUUGAGAAAGAUAAGUCAUUUAAAUUUUAACCAAUUUUCUGAAGAAGUUGAAUAUUUUGGUAAAUUUAUCAUUGAAAAACAGGAAAAACUCAAUAACAAGAGUAUGAGUAACUAUUCAGAGACUUAACGACCAACAUUUCCUAUCGAGUAUCAUAUUUUCAGAAUGAAAUCAAAUAAUGCUCAAAAUAUUUUUAAAAAGACCGAAAAUAACAUUUUGCAUAUUUUUUAUCUCUUGUCUGGUCAACUCCCUAAAUUACCUUCUUGCCCCAAUAUUCGAGAAACCUCAGAUUUACCUCUUUGACUGAUUUAUUCCUAAUAGAAUGUACCUGCAUGUAUUGUGUACCUAAAUCUAUCUGACAUGUGUGAUGUGUGUAAAUCUAGAUGAAUAUUUUUAAUGUGCUUAUGUCGUGUAUUAAUAAAGCAUA